UCUUCUCAGCCUAUUUUGCUCCUCAAUUUUUGCUUCUCUUCUUCCUCCUCUUGCAACCUCCAGUGGCCCCGCCGGCCUCCGUUGCGCAACCACAUGUGUGUGUUUCUUGAUCGAUCGAUCGAUCCGUGUUCAAAAGAAACUAGCUAGAAGAUUCUUUUGUUGCUGCUGAAUUAUUUCCAUGCUGCAACUUUAGGAAGUUAUUACACACACAUAUAUACUUGAUUGGGAGAUAGCUAGUUGCAAGAUUGUUGCAACGGGAAGAGGGGUCGUAGUAGAGAGAAAUAUAUUGGAUUUGCUUUGUUUACGUAUUCCGGUGACCGGGGAUCGAUCGAUCGAUCGAGAGGAUGUGCACCAGGGGCCACUGGAGGCCGUCGGAGGACGAGAAGUUGAAGGAGCUCGUCGCGCGGUACGGGCCGCACAACUGGAACGCCAUAGCCGAGAAGCUCCAGGGGCGAUCAGGCAAAAGCUGCAGGCUGAGGUGGUUCAACCAGCUCGAUCCCAGGAUCAACCGGAGCCCGUUCACCGAGGAGGAGGAGGAGCUCCUCCUCGCGUCGCACCGCGCCCACGGCAACCGGUGGGCGGUGAUCGCGAGGCUCUUCCCGGGCCGCACGGACAACGCCGUCAAGAACCACUGGCAUGUGAUCAUGGCGCGGCGGUGCAGGGAGCGGAUGAGGCUGUCGAGCCGGCGCGGCGGCGGCGGCGGCGCCGCCGCCGGCGGUGUGAAGAACGGGAGCCCUAGGAGGCCGACGAGGCCUGACAUGAAUAGCAGCAGCAUGGCCUCCUUGCUCGACAAGUACCGUAGAGAAUGCGGCGCCGCUGGCCUGUUUGCAAUUAGCAGCAGCCACCAUAACAGCAAGGAGGAUUAUUGUUCGUCUACUAAUGAAGAUACGAGUAAAUCGGUGGAGUUCUACGACUUUCUCCAGGUGAAUGCGAGCUCGAGUGACACCAAAUGUGGCUCGAGCAUUGAGGAGCAAGAGGAUAAUAACCGGGACGAUGAUCAAGCUGAAGGGCAGGUUCAGCUCAUAGAUUUCAUGGAGGUUGGGGCUACUUCUCGUCAAUGAUUAUGCUUACAUAUGUAUUUAAUUAACUAGGGGCCUCAAAUGAUCGACGUCGAUAUCGAUCGUUUGCAUCAGAUCCAAAGCAUGCAGCUUGUAAUGCAUGUUUUUGCAUGCUAGCGAGCUGUGAAAGGGGAGCGGAGAUGCUGAUAGAAAUCUAACACAAAAAAUUAAAGUAUAUACUUAUAGAGGAAGCGAGAAAUGCGAUGGCGUACGUAUAUAUAUGACAUGUAAUUUAUUGAUGUAAUUAUAAACACAUAUAUAUCUGUACUGUUCGUCCAUCAUCGGAACGUACAUGUGAAAUUCCUCACGGUAAAUGAGGAAUUAAUUAUUCUCUCAUCUAUUGUAAAUUUUAAUUAAUAAUAUAAAAUUUAUUUCUGUUCAA